ACCUGCAAGGAUCAGACUGUUCGGAUUUGGGAUGUAGAAACAGGGAAUCAAGUGGGAGAUCCAUUCGAUGGACACACUACUAGUAGCACUUGUGGACUGGCUGUACCAAUGGAUGGUAGAAGAAUUGUGAGUGGGGCGAAAGAUGGCAAGAUCAUCAUAUGGGACGCAGAUACGAAGGAGAUCAUCAGAUGUCUGUCGCAUCAUACAUCCUGGGUCGGUUGCAUACAGUUCUCACCUGAUGAGAAAAGACUCGCAUCGGCAUCAGAGGAUGGCACACUAAAGAUCUGGGAUGUGGGAACAGGAGAGCUGGUGUUCGACAUCGAUGAUCACCAAGGUCGAGUAUUCGCAGUAGCCUAUUCUCCUAACGGAACCAAGUUUGCGAGCGGGUCACAUGAUCAGACGGUUCGCAUCUGGAACGCAGCGACUGGCAAGCAGCAAACCCAACCACUCAUCCACGACAGAACAGUGUUCUCAAUAGUCUGGUCUCCAGACAGUCGUCGUAUCAUUUCUGCCUGUACUGAUGGCCAGAUCUACUUCUGGAGUGCACCGACUGGUGCCCAGCUCGGAUCUCCACUGCGCGCACAUUCCGACGCCAUUAUCUCGUUGGCAAUCUCCCCUGAUGGCGAGCUGAUAGCCAGUGCGUCCGUUGAUAGCACCGCUAGGCUGUGGAGCACAACGACCCGCAAACCUUUUGGUCGUGUGCUCCAGCAUACCAAAAGGGUAUCUGCAAUAGCCUUCUCGCCAAACGGCCAGCUUGUUGCCACAGGCGGUCGGGAAAACACAAUCUUUUUGUGGGAUAUAUCUCAGGAGUCCACCAUUAUGACGAAUGUCGUGUCGCCCUCAUUCGUUUCCCCGGCGUCCCACAUCUCAAGUUACAUCGACCAGCCAUCAGCAAACUUCCAUUCUCUUCCAGCUUCUUCUGCACCGGCGCCGGACGAGCUACCGGAUGCGACCGAGUUCGCAACAGAACCUGCAGGCUCGCGCGAUGCUGCUGCCUCACAUUCCCCAUCUCUGUCUCUUCAAGGUCACUCCGAUCAUGAAAUCCCUACUCCAGUCCACACCCCCCCUCCAGUCGAGCUUUCCGACAACAUUCAAGUACCUCCAGAAACCAUCAACUCGCGUGAUGCAGCUGCAUCCCCUUCCCCAUCUCUUCCCCCUCAAAGCUCCUUUCAUCCUCAAAUAGUGACUGCUUCAGCUUCCACUCCGGUCCUGACCUCGACUCCAAAGUCAUUUUGGAAGCGCUUUCCUAUGUUCAAUGGGUCUGCAGCGUCUGUAGACUCCAAGCGAUGGAAAUUCCCUCGUAUUGGUAACAUCAUGCAGCGCAAGCAUCGGAAUGUGGAACCACAAGCAGGUCCUAACGAUGCCCAACAUUCAUAGGUCUACGAGCCUGGUUUUUAGUAUACUCUUCAAGUUAGCCGUUACCCUCGCCCCUCGUUCUAUCGUGUUGUCCCUCCCCUGCCUAUGUAGUCUGACUGCACUAUGCACUAUUAGAUCCAGCUUUGGUUAUGUUUUUUCUUUCUUCCAGGGCUGUGGACUUCUACCGCCGUCGAAGGACUGCCCAGCAAUGUUGUUUCUGAAUUCUUUCAUCCCCGGCAGGUCCAAUCGUACGCAUACGACUCGCUCAGGAAUGGAAUUGAUCACCUCAUCGUCGGUCGGGUAUCCUUCAGGGAAAAAAUACAUAUCUAGUGUUGCAAGGCAAAUGGUUUUAAAUUAUCCGAACAGUGUGUCCGAGUCCACCUCACGUGUAUGGUCGGUGAGUUGAUCUG